AUGGUUCAAUUACGUCACAAGCGAUUUAUGAGGCUCAAUCGCAAUAUCGACCCAGUGCAUCAGAAAUUCAUAGCAGAUUGCGCAAGUGCAAAUAUCGGGCCCAUGUUGACUUUUAGUCUGCUUAGCGAGGUCUUAGGUGGUUUGGAUUACAUCGGAUGCACCAUUGUCGAGGUUUGCAACUAUACGCGUGAUCUUAGAGCAUAUGUGGAUGGUGCUGAUGCGCAAAUGGUAUUAAAUGAUAUGAAGCGGAAGAAGGAGAUAUGCUCGUCGUUCACCUACGACUUUGAGUUUGUUAAAUGCAUGGGCGCUGCUCCCAAAUUGAUCAUUACUGAUCAGGAUUUGGGAAUGAAGGUGGCUGUUGAUAGUGUUCUAGUUGAUACAAGACAUCGAUGGUGCAUGUGGCACAUCAUGUUUAAGGUCAUUGAAAAAUUGCCCAAGAAUCAGCUCCACAAUGAGGAUUUAAAGAAGGAGUUAAAUAAAUGUGUGUGGUCGGAGUUGACAUAUCCUGAAGAAUUCGAAGAAACCUGGCAAGAAAUUAUGGAAAAAUACGGCCUUACAAACAACGAGUGGUUUUCGACAAUGUUUGCCAAUCGAAAAUUCUGGUUAUGUCCACAACAUACUGUUCCAGUCUACUUCAGGGAUUUUCCAAUGAGUUCAUUGAUUAAGACCACCUCUGUAUCCGAGUCUCAGAACAGUUUCUUCAAGAGGUACACUAAGUCUCGAUGUAAUCUAGUCGAGUUUCUUAUGCAUUACAACAAUGCGUUGGAUGCCCAAAGGAGCAAUUGCAACAGGUUUGAAUAUCAUGACUCCAACACUACCCCAAAGUUGAAAACAAAUUCUGCACUUGAGAGGCAUGCGUCAACAAUCUACAGUGACAGUGGGUUUAAGGCAAUUCAGGAAGAGAUUGAAGACGCAAUUGAUUGUUGCACCAUGGUAAAGACUUGA